AUGGCGGGAAUUGCUGCUGCAGAACCAGCGGACGCAUCGAUUCACCAUGACCCCAACAUCACGGCCACCAGCGCCUUUCACAGUUCCUACGACCAUCCGUCGAUAGCACAGGAUACUCUCCGGUCCACAUUGAAGACUCGCCAUUCCGCAGACUCUCCUCCCCAGGCACGGCAUUCACGACACAAUCAUGUCAACGGUACUUCGCUGUCCCGAACAUCGUCCGCUGCUGGCUCUGGACGGAACAAUGUGACCGAGUCCACCUACCUCACUCCCCAUGCCGGGCGCAAGGACAGCAGUCUCAGCCGCACCCACAGUGAAGCUGACAGUCUGCUGGACCUUUACAGCCGUGAUUCUGGCAACCGUAGCGUCUCAAGCGUUCUCGAUGCGUCUGAGAGGAAGGAAAACAAGCCUUUCUAUCAAAUAGAAGCUGAAGACCCAGAGCAUGCCCAAUGGAUACACCGUGACAAACUUGCGAAGAUUGAAAGCGAGGAGUUGCAGCAGCUCGGUAUCCGUCUACCUGCGCCAUUUACAGGCAGCAAGAGAGGGAGAGGCCGUAGCCAUGAAGCUCCCAAUGGGAUCAACGGGGUUAUUACGACAGAGCAAGGCGAGCAAUGGCCUGCUCUUGCCAAGGACGAGGCAGAGAAACGGCAUAGACGUGGCGGCUCGUCCGAUGUCCGAGUUGAUGGGAUCGUUCCACUGGAAACCGACGAUAAUGAGAUAAUCAACUUCGACCCCCGGCUUCCAGAGGAGAUAGCGGCGGACCAGGAGGAAAGUGACAGUGUAUACCGACAGCCUGGCCUACGGAAGAGCUCGUCUCGAAUCCCCGUACUAGCAUCAAGCCAUCACCCCAUACCGCAAGAGCAUCUCGACCGCGGAGUCCCGCUACCCCGUACUCGGAAUAACACUCUCGACAAUGGCAACGAGGACAGCAUUGUCUAUCCCAAAACCCGUAGACCUAGCGAAUCAGCGUUCCGUGAACGAGAAGUGACUCCUGACUCCGAGUCAAAGGCGGAUGUCACCACUCAGGAUAGCAACAGCACGAGCACCUCCCAUCCUUCCCCGUCCAAGGCAAAGGCGCCCUCCAAAUCCACGCCGACAGGUCGGAAGACGUCCCAGCCGCCAAACAACCGCAAAACCUCCGUCACCCAGAAGCCCAAGACACCCAACAGCAACAACACCGGCGGCAGCCCCAACAGCACCCCGAAUGGUCGCCCAGGAACACGGUCAGGCGAUAACCGACCACCCAGCGCCGCAUAUUCUGCCAUUAACAGACCCGACAGUGACCCUCCAUGGCUGGCAACGAUGUAUAAACCUGACCCUCGUCUUCCUCCUGACCAGCAGGUUAUCCCAACACAUGCGAAGCGCAUGCAACAAGAACAAUGGGAGCGAGAGGGUAAAGUCCCUGCCAUCUACGACCGGGAUUUCUCUCCUCUCACCAUCCAGACAUAUGACAGCAACGGGGCCGUCACGCCGUCACCACAGCCUACAGAGCAAGAGCAGGAGGAAAACAACCAGCAGCAAGCUCAACAAGAGCUACAGCCGCUACCUGAGACGCUAUCACCUACAAAACCGCCGUCUACUAGAGUUAAGAGUCCCGACCCCUCUGGCAACAAUGCAUCAGGGUACAAGGCUGUCCCCAACAUACACUCCACGACACCCGCGCAGCCCAGGCUGAACUCGUCUUCGGCCCCUGCUCGACCAAGGCCGAUGGACGUUGACGAGCCGCCAGUCAAGGAGAAGGGCUGCGGUUGCUGCAUUGUCAUGUAG